AUGGCUCUAACGUUACAACAGUGCCCCGUUUGCUUUAACCACUAUAGAAGCACUCCAGACGGGAAGUUAUGUCGGCACGGAGUUAAAGUGAAAAGAAAGGAAUGCUCGGGGUCUCGGAAAAAACCCGGGUUGCCCACACGGUCUUCGGCCGCAUCGGUCUCCGGUGAUCCUCUCGACCUGGAUUACUCUGGUGUUUUUGACAAGCUGACGGCCGUGCUGAAAUGUGUACCGGUGUACGACCAUAUCCCUAAGCCAUGCAGGGAGAAAUUCGCACAUGAUCUGAACGCCUUACUGACGGCUGUUUGUAAUGACCCUGGUAACCCGGCUCACGGAGUUAGACUCCACUGUUUUGUCCCAUACGUCUUACAGAAGACUUCCAGAGGGGGUCGCCGGGUCAACCAGGGCAAUCUGGUCAACAAGUGUCUAAGCGAAUAUUCAACUAUUGGUCUUGAAACCCUGGUACUGUGCUUUGAUGGGUUCAAUAAUGCCAAAUCACAAAAGCACAACCCCGAUCGGUGGACCAACGCUGUGUCAUCUUGUAUUGAACAGGGAAACCUGUCCUCGGCUGUCAGACUUGUCUGUUCGCCGGAGGGCCUAGCGGAGAGCUCGCCGGCCACCUUCGAUAAAUUAUGUUCCAUCCACCCAAAAAUUCCGGUGGACAGGCGGGUCUUUCCCGCAUUGACACCAACGGCUGGUUGCGUUUCUUCCGCCGAGGUGCUGAGGGCCGUUAAAUCGUUCAAAAACGGUUCUUCUGGAGGCCUGGAUAGCCUACGACCCCAGCACCUUAAGGAUGUUUUUUCAGGCCCCUUGCCAAUCGACGACACACUGAAAUCCUUAACCCAAUUCAUUAAUUUGAUCCUAUCUGGAGCUUGCCCACUCUCCGUCCGCCGGCAUACAAGCGCACAUAGACCAGCAGAGAAGCAGGCAGCAGUUAAUUGCUUGCAUUACACACCAUGUUUCCAUCCAUCUCCAGUCACUUCCGUCAAGCCAAACAGGAAGGAGCAGGUUGCCAACUUAUCGAAAAAGCGAAUUAUCGAAUCUCUUCUCAUCACUCCCCUCCGUACGACGCUCUCUAAUUAA